AUGGAUUAAUUAUUAGGAGUUUAAAAUAAAUCAAAAGGAAAAAAAUCAUCCUUAUUUUUUAAAUAAAUAACAAUUGAAGAAGCCAAAAUAUAGAGUGAGGUUAAUGAUGCAUAAGAUUAAAUAGGUGACUCAAACCAUCAUUUUAAGAAUAAGAAUUGUGAACCCUAAAAAUUGCACUAAGGUGAUCAAGACGUAUCAUUAAGUAGCUUUUUAGUAGGAAUGAACGAAUUUUUAUAAGAAUCAUAAAAAGAUAUUAAAACUACAAACCAGUCUUUUUGUAAAGCUCAAUAAGAAGAACCUCUAAUGCAAAUUAUAGGUUAGAGCUCUAAUAAAUUUUUAGGAUAGACUAAACAUAAUCUGGUUUUAGAAAGCGAGAUUAAAGCAAAUUUAAAAAUAAAUGAAGACAUAGAAUAAGAAAAUUAAGAAAGCCAAAUAAUUGAAGAAAGCUUUAAUAAGAGCAAUACUAAAGAUUCUUAAAGCUUUCAGGAUUAAAUAUAAUCGAAAAUUUUAUUCUCUAAAAAUAAAAUUGCAAAAAAUGAUACAAAAAAUAAGAUAUCUUAAAAUAGUUCUUAAUGUAGAAGUAUUAGCCAUAGUCGCAUGAAAAUAAAUAGUCAUGUUUUGGUAUAAGAUGAUAUUUUCUUUGAAAAAGACAAUAAAAAAUUAGAAACAAAGGUGAAUCUUGUUUUGAAGAGCUAAUACUAGCUGAAUUAAGAACAUAACACAAAUUCAAUAUAUAAGUAGAAUUUACAAAGAGCAGCAAAAAUAAUUAAAAUGCUAUUUAGUUCUUCAAUUAAUAGGGUUUUGAGAAUAAGGUAAAAUAAUAUUGUUCUAUCAAUGAUUUAUCUCAUUUUUAUUCCUCAAGGAGAAGCAUACAAAAAGGCUAAAAUUGUUUAAAGAUUAUGA